AGUGUAAAAACGGGAAUUCGCUUCAACCUGGUGGUGUCGGAAAAGAAAACAAGGACUGCAGUAUAAGUAAAACAAAAGGAAAUUUCAUUGCAUAUCGGAAGAUUGAAAUUAAAAGAUAGGUAAUAAUUCAGCUGUCAAAAGUUUGAAUGAAUUAUGAAAAAGUUGUUGUUUAGUGAAGGACUAUACAAGAAAGAGUUCUUUUUUUUCCAAAUCUGCAGAAAAGUAACGAGAUAUUAUGAAGAAAAAUUGGAUGGACACGGACACACCUUUUGGCUUCCAUGAUGAAUAUUUGGCGCACGUGAUGUAUUUUUGGGUCAUUGAAAUCUUAUAAGAUGCCAAGUAUAGAAAUAUAGGUAGCUGUUCUCUAAGAAGGAACAGGAAAAGAGUCUCUGUUGACUACGGUUGGAUCAUCGCAAAAGUCUGCCAUCAUCCUCUCCACCGCAGAAUGUUACCAUUUAAAGAGUUAAGCAUCGCCCUGACGUCGCUGAUUUCUUGGAUUUUGUUCAACGAUACACCCAGCGAUCCUGAAGGAUAUGUACGCGAUACAUCGGUCAUUCGUGGCGAGUAUGAUUUUAUUAUAAUUGGCGCUGGAGCUGCCGGUGCCGUAAUUGCUAAUCGCCUAAGUGAAGUGGCCGAUUGGAAUAUUUUAUUGCUGGAAGCGGGAGACGAUGAGACUAUUACUGGGCAAGUACCGCUCCUGGCCGCUAGCUUGCAAUUGACGAAUAUGGAUUGGCAGUACAAAACAGAGCCCCAGGACAAUGCUUGCAAAGGAAUUACUAAUGGACGGUGCAACUGGCCUCGGGGUAAGAUGUUGGGCGGAAGCUCCUCCCUCAACUAUAUGCUAUACGUUCGAGGAAAUAAACUAGACUACGACAACUGGAGGGAUAUUUACGGAUGUGACGGCUGGGGAUACGACGAUGUUUUGCCAUAUUUCAUUAAAUCGGAAGACAAUCAAAAUCCUUACCUGGCCGGAACCAAAUAUCACGGCAAAGGAGGAUAUUUGACGGUUGGUGAGGCGGGUUACACCUCACCAUUAGGUGCUGCAUUCAUGCAAGGCGGAGUGGAAAUGGGAUACAAAAAUCGGGACUGCAACGGCGAAUUCCAGACGGGUGUUAUGAUUCCACAGGGAACAAUUCGUCGAGGAAGUCGUUGUUCCACUUCCAAAGCAUUUUUACGACCAGUCCGCAAUCGAAAAAACCUUCACAUUUCAAUGAAUUCGCGUGUGUUAAAGAUUGUCAUCGAUCCCGAUACGAAAGUGGCUACGGAUGUGCAGUUUGAAAAAGGUGGCCGAAUGUACUUCGUCAGUGCCAAAAAAGAAAUUGUGUUAUCUGCCGGAAGUAUUGCAACUCCGCAAAUCCUCAUGUUGAGCGGAGUUGGCCCAGCUGCUCAUCUGACGGAGAAAGGAAUAAGUCCAGUCAUUGCCGAUCUUCCUGUUGGAAAGAACUUGCAUGACCAUGUUGGAAUAAUUGGAAUGACUUUCCUAAUUGAUGAACCAUACUCCAUUCUUACCGCUAGACUGGUGUCACUUCCAAUUAUUGUUAAUUACACACUCUUCGGGGGAACUCCCAUGUCUCUGUUAGGCGGGGUGGAAGGACUUGGUUUUAUCAAAUCAAAAUACGCGGAUCCGGAUGCUGAUUAUCCCGACCUCCAGUUGCAUUUCGCUUCCGGUAGUGAAAUGUCUGACGAUGGCACCGCUAUGCGUUACGCCCAUGGAUUUACCGACGAAAUUUGGAAUGAAUAUUACUUGCCAAUAGCCAACAAAGAUACUUGGACCAUCUUCCCUUACAAUUUGCGCCCAAAAUCUCGCGGAGAAAUUCGUCUCAAUUCGAACGAUCCUUACGACAAACCUGUCAUCGAUCCAAAAUAUUUUUCAGACCCCGAUGAUAUCAAAGUAACGAUCGAGGCUGUCAAGUUCGCCUUAGCCCUCAGCAAAACGGAAGCCUUUCAAAAAAUGGGUUCCAGGUUUUAUGACAAACCUUUCCCAGGAUGCGAAGAUAAACCACUUUGGACGGACGAAUAUUGGGAGUGUUGGAUCAAGAGCGCUAGUUUCACCUUGGCACAUACAGUUGGCACUUGUAAAAUGGGUUCUGUCUUGGAUGACACGGUCGUCGUCGAUCCUCAACUGAAAGUCAAAGGAAUAAAACACCUCCGAGUUGCUGAUACAUCCGUCAUGCCGGCUGUGCCCAGUGGAAAUACAAACGCACCAACGAUAAUGGUGGGAGAAAAGGCGUCGGACUUGAUUAAAAAUGACUGGUUAUAACGGAGAAGUUGCCUCGUCGAUUUGAAUCACCAAUGAUUAAUAACAUGUGAAUUAUGAAUUUGUUACAUAUUAAUCAUGGUAUUGUAACCCCAAUCAACUAAAUUAUUUAUUUCGAUUCCAUUGAUAUGCACUUGUAUUUAGGGCUAAACGAAUAAAUAGUUCUUACUUUAAAA